GGAGCUGGCUUUCCUGGAAUUGUCGGGCAACUUUUCCUGUUGUGCUUGCUACCUCUUGCUCAAUCUCUUGCUUAAUUACAACUCUGCUGCAGGAUUACUGGUGUAGUGAAGACUUGUGCCAUCUGGAUGCAUAUCUCUACAACAUGCUGAAAUUUAGGAUUGGUGCAUUUGCGUUAAACAUAUUUUUAUGAUUCAGAUCAGAAGUUUUCCUUCAACAAAAAUGUCUCAGCAGUGCAAAGUGGGGCGAAAUCCAUCGUACAGUGGGAUCGCUGAAAGUCUGAAGAUUUGAAUAGCACAGAAAGAACAAACCCAGGUCUUUUGCUCAGAGAUAGCUAAUCAGCUUCCCUGGAUUUCGUUGACGAUCCUACUUUGUUUUGCCUGAAGAUGGAAACACUGGAGUCGGAGCUGACCUGCCCAAUUUGUCUCGAGCUUUUUGAGGACCCGCUGCUCUUGCCCUGUGCUCAUAGUCUUUGUUUCAACUGUGCCCACCGAAUCCUCAUCGCCCAUUGCACCCCCAGUGAGUCUAUUCAGUCCAUCACCGCCUUCCAGUGCCCAACCUGCCGCUAUGUCAUCAACCUCAACCAGAGGGGCCUAGAGGGACUGAAACGCAACGUGACCCUGCAGAAUAUCAUCGACCGCUACCAGAAAGCCUCUCUGAGUGGACCUAACUCUCCUAACGAGACUCGCCGUGAGAGAGCUGUACCCGAAAGCAAAGCCAUGACAUCCUCCACUGACCGGGUGCAGUGUCAGUUCUGCGAGCAGGACCCUCCACAGGACGCUGUGAAGACCUGUGUCACCUGCGAGGUGUCAUACUGCGAGGAGUGUCUCAAGGCCACUCAUCCAAACAAGAAGCCUUUCACAGGCCACCGACUGAUUGAGCCCUUGCUGGAUUCCCAUCUGCGAGGGCUCAUGUGUCUGGAGCAUGAGGACGAGAAGGUCAACAUGUACUGUGUAACGGAUGAACAGUUGAUAUGUGCACUAUGCAAGCUUGUUGGCCGACAUCGUGACCACCAAGUAGCGGCCCUCAGUGACCGAUUUGACAAACUCAAGAAAUCUCCUGGCCGCUUUCUCUGUGUGGGGCGUGAUCAUUCACACCAGGAGGCAGACCAGCAAGUCUUGGAUUCCAACCUCAGUAAUCUAAUCAAGAGGACCAGUGAGCUGGAAAGCUUGAUGGGCAAACUUAUCCAAACCUGCCAACAUGUAGAGGUAAAUGCAUCGCGGCAAGAAAACAAGCUGCUGGAAGAGUGUGACCUGCUGAUUAACAUCAUACAGCAGCGGAGACAAAUCAUAGCGACCAAGAUAAAGGAGGGAAAGGCAGUGAGGCUGAGGAAGCUAGCACAACAGAUAGCCGGGUGCAAGCAGUGCAUCGAAAGGUCCUCUUCCCUUAUCAGUCAGGCUGACCAAACACUCAAGGAGACUGACCAUGCUCGCUUCCUUCAGACAGCUAAAAGCAUCUGUGAGAGAGUGUCCAUGGCAACAGCAUCUUCACAAAUCCUUUUACCAGAGAUUAACCUGAAUGACAGCUUUGAUACUUUUGCAUUGGACUUCACAAGGGAGAAGAAAAUGCUUGAAAGCUUAGAUUAUCUCACAGCGCCAAAUGCACCAGUAAUCCGCGAGGAACUAUGUACAGCCUCAUAUGACACGAUCACGGUUCACUGGACAUCAGAUGAUGAGUUCUCUGUUGUAUCAUAUGAACUUCAGUAUUCCAUCUUCACCAGCCAAUCUAAUGUUGUCAGCUUGUGUAACUCUGUUGAUAGUUGGAUGAUUGUCCCAAACAUCAAGCAAAAUCACUACACUGUGCAUGGACUUCAGUGUGGCACCAAGUACAUUUUCAUAGUGAAGGCCAUAAACCAGGCUGGAAACCGCAGCAGUGAACCAGGAAAACUCAAGACGAACAGUCAACCAUUCAAAUUGGAUCCAAAGUCUGCUCACCGUAAGCUGAGGGUGUCUCAUGACAACUUGACUGUCGAGAGGGAUGAGACAUCAUCCAAAAAGAGCCACAGUCAAGACCGCUUCUCCAGUCACAGCAGCUAUGGUGUCACAGGAAACGUCUACAUCGACAGCGGUCGCCAUUACUGGGAGGCUCUAAUAGGAGGCAGCACGUGGUUCGCUGUGGGAAUUGCUUACAAAUCAGCACCAAAACAUGAGUGGGUUGGCAAGAACUCAACCUCUUGGGUGCUGUCUCGCUGCAAUAAUUCAUGGGUGGUGCGGCACAACUGUAAGGAGAUUCCCAUCGAUCCUUCACCACACCUGCGGCGUCUUGGGGUGUUGUUGGACUACGAUUCUGGAUCUCUAUCCUUCUACGACGCUGUUGGCUCUCAGCACUUGUACACAUUUGACAUCGACUUUGCUCAGCCAGUCUGUCCUGUGUUCAACGUGUGGAACAGAUGUUUGACAAUCCUCAGUGGACUGCCCAUCCCUGAUCACUUAGAGGGGACAGACUGCAACCACUGAAGACAUUUGAUCAGAGUUAUUUUUCUCAUCCAAAUGGGGCCAACUCUUAAACUGUGAUGACCACAUUCCUAAUGAUGGUGGUUAAAAAACAAACAAACAAAAAAAAGACAGAAAACUGUAGACUGUAGCCGAAUACGAUGUGAUGGCCUUGGUAAACAUUUUUAAGCAAAACUGUCAAAAUUCAUUUGAAUUAUUUAAAAUGUUACUUUCAUGCACUUGUAAAUAUUUUCCUUGCUUUGCACAGUUAUGCUCAGUACUCUACUGGGUGGUUUUAGAGGUUUGCUUAUCAUUUUAAAUUCAAGGACAUGGGCUCCAGAGUAUUUUUUAAGUUUGUAUUGCACACUUUUCCACUCACAUUAAAGAGGAUGAUAAAUAUUUUAGUACAAGUAACAAAGAAGGGACUUUUAGCCAACUUGUUUCUGUAACAUUGAUUUAUCGACUGUUUUAAAUGUCUUGUUAAUGUUUUUUUCAAGUCAUAGCACUUUGAUUAAACAAAGGUGUCUUGAAAUGUAUUUCUAAGCUGCAUCUGCCAUGAUAACCUUGUUUACUUGUAUUCUAAAGAAAAGCCACAGAUUCGAUAAUAGUAGAGCAGUUUCACUCACAAAUUCUGAUUUGAAUCCAAUCAGUUCAAUAUUUUUUUAAGUAUUUAUUAUCUGUACAUGUUUUGCUACAGUUUGGGGAUUAUUCAUUAUCACGACAAUGGUUUCAAAGAUUCACCUUAUUUCUCAAAUUUAAGUUUCUCUGGCAAUAUCUAAUAAACAUAACUCCAUGUGAUGGUC